CUGUCCAGGUUACCCAAUCUUCAUCGCCCAUUCACCACCCUCAGAUCACCUUCAGCCUCUGAACAAUGUUUUUCGAAGGGGACAAAAGAUCAUUUUCUUUUCAAAUAACAUAACGAGAACCUUACAAUCAACAUUGAAAAAAAUAACAGAGUUCGAAGGCUUUGCCUAACCUUCAAGGUACAGCCAGGUAUUUCCGAGAGUAAACGGGCCCCAUGACCCAUGACAGGAUGUCAGGACCCCACUAAAGUGGAAGGAAAGAUAUGGCAUCAGAAAACAGUGAGACAUUCGGCGCCAGCCUUUACUCAGUUGAGACAUCCAGACCCAAUCCCGUCUAUUCCUCCAACUAUUCCUUUCCUGAUCCAAAUGUGACUCGCAUAUUUUUUACGCACGUGAGGAGUGUUUCAGAAGCAUACGUGCAUAUGAUAUGAGAUUAGUUAGCUGGGCUUUAGUUAACUGGGCCUUAGUUGAAUGGGUGAAGCCGUGAUUGUAGAGUGAAAUAAGUAAAGCCCAUGAUUGUAACUGAUUGAUUAGAAGCCCAAGAUUGUAUAAAAGGUGGGUGAGUUGUACAGCGGGAAAAUAACAUGAAUGAUACGGUUGAUUUAGCCAUUCUCUCUCUGUUUCUCUGAUUUUCUCUAUCUUCUUCUUUCUUGCUUUCUUCUUCUUGGCGUGUGACACGAAAUAAACAAGAGAUAUAUUGAUCUUAACAUGGAAGGUAAUGUGGUGAGAAGGGUCAUUCCCUCGGACAAUAGUUGCCUCUUUAAUGCCGUUGGGUAUGUCAUGGAUCAUAACAAAGACAAAGCACCUGAAUUGAGACAGGUUAUAGCUGCAGCAGUGGCAAGUGAUCCAGCAAAAUAUUCUGAAGCAUUUCUUGGAAAGCCAAAUGAAGAGUAUUGUGCUUGGAUUCUUGAUUCGGAGAACUGGGGAGGUGCCAUUGAGCUUUCAAUAUUAGCUGAUUAUUAUGGGCGUGAAAUUGCAGCAUAUGAUAUCCAGACCACGCGAUGUGAUUUGUAUGGUCAGGAAAAGAAAUACUCCGAAAGGGUUAUGCUGAUAUAUGAUGGGCUCCAUUAUGAUGCCUUAGCUAUGUCGCCCUUUGAGGGAGCCUCAGAGGACUUUGAUCAGACUAUUUUCAACGUACUGGACGGUAACAUUGGUCCAGUUGAGGGGCUUGCUCUUAAUUUUGCUAAGGAACAACAAAGGGAAAGGAGAUACACUGAUACUGCAAACUUCACUUUGCGUUGUGGAGUAUGCCAAAUGGGAGUAGUUGGCCAGAAGGAGGCUGCAGAACAUGCACAAGCAACAGGACACGUCAACUUUCAAGAAUAUAGAUAACAGUGACCGUGGGAAACAAAGCCGCAUCGUAGACUAUGUACUCCCCGUUUUAUUACUUAUCUAAUCUUCCUUCAAUGCCUUUGCAGUUUGCUAAGAGUUGUGCAAAAACACAGAGGGAGAAUGCUAUCAUUUCAAUUUUCAAUCUCUACCAUGUAUUUGCGUU